GCUCUCACUUCCCAGUCUAUCUAUCACUGUAUCUCUCUCGCACACUCUCACUCUCUCUAACCAGUUCAGUUUAAGGGACGGCGGCUGUCUUAACUCUUAUAUUACAUUACAACAGUAAAAGAAGCCAGCCACUGCUCACCUCACACCCGGCUUAUUAUUAUUAUUACAAAAUACCCCUUUUUUUUUUCCAUUGAUAAUUAACACUAUGGCUGAUCAACUUACAGAAGAACAGAUUGCUGAAUUCAAAGAAGCUUUCAGUUUGUUUGACAAAGAUGGAGAUGGGACCAUCACAACGAAAGAGUUGGGAACAGUAAUGAGGUCACUUGGUCAAAAUCCCACAGAAGCUGAAUUACAAGAUAUGAUAAAUGAAGUAGAUGCUGAUGGAAAUGGAACCAUUGAUUUUCCUGAAUUUUUGACCAUGAUGGCCCGAAAAAUGAAAGACACAGAUAGUGAAGAAGAAAUCAGAGAAGCAUUCCGUGUCUUUGACAAAGAUGGAAAUGGUUUCAUCAGUGCAGCAGAAUUGCGUCAUGUAAUGACAAAUUUAGGAGAAAAGUUGACGGACGAAGAAGUUGAUGAAAUGAUCAGGGAGGCAGAUAUUGAUGGUGAUGGCCAGGUUAAUUAUGAAGAGUUCGUUACAAUGAUGACUUCCAAGUAGAACUGGUGAAUUAUUAUUAUAAUUAUUAUAUUAUUAUUAUUAUUACAAGCAAAUUAAAGUUUAUUCACACUGCAGUUUCAUCCUGGCAUCUCUCAUUUCUGUAUGUGUACAGCUCAAGGUCCUGUAUUUAGUCGCACAUUCAAUUAAAAGAUGUACCUGGGAUGGUCUGUACAGUUAUCUCUUCCCGGUAGUGGUGCUGUAAGAUCACCAAUUAUGUCCCUAUCCCAUCUGACUACUUUCUCUGACCUAGUUCUGUAGACUCCACUAUAUCAAAUUCAUUUUUCCUUUCCUUCAAAGAUGUAAAAAAAAUUUCUGCCUUCCAGCCAAGCCAAUCUCUUUGCUAUCUUUUUCCAUGCUGGUCCAUCAGAUCUCAUUCAAAUAAAGAUAACUGUAAAUUAAGUGGUAUUGUAUUUUUUUUUUUUUUUUACCUUUUCUUUAUUUUUUAUCUUCUUCAAAGACAAGGAACAAACAAAAUAGGUAUAUAUAUAUAUAUAAAACACAACAUAAAUUAGUUGCAUAGUUGUUACAAUGGAGUUUUAGUUUUCACAUCAUGGUCCUGAUGUAGAUUCUGCAUUGACACUAAGUUAACAAUUGAUGCAGACUUUUUAGAUUUAAGUAAGUUUCUAUUUAUUUGAUAGGCAGGGGUGGGUGGGUAGGUAUGCGUUAUUUUAUCUGUUGUUUCUAAUUAGUUACAUUAGUAAUAGGAAUAUUAGAAAAGUCCAAAGCUUCUUUUAUAAAUCUAAACAACUUACAGGCUGUUGACCGUUUUAAUGUACUGAUGGACACAUGGGUGUUUCACACUUGUUUUAGAACUUUUGGAAAUUGAAAACAUGAUGUACAGCAUUAAAACACUAGAUGGGCAUGGCUGACUAGAUUUCCCCUAAACUACUUUGAAUGUUUUUUCUCUUUUAUGAUGCGAGCAGCAUCAUUUUGUUACCAUUUCCCAACUUGUGGGGAUUACCAUUUUUGGCAAUUUUUUUAUUUUUUUACUUGGUGAAAACUGGAUAUUUAGUUUUUCUCCUUGUUGUUGUCGUCAUAAGUCAGCUUUUCAUCUUAUUCACUUGCAAAUUUCUUUAAGUCAGUUUUAGUCUAUUAACCUCGUCCUAGCACAUUCUGCUUUUCAUUUCGACUUACAUUCUCUUUUCGAGACCACUACAGGUGAGAAGAGCUGCAAUAUCAAGGAUAUGCUACUUGGCCUUGCUUCUAACCGAGCAAGAAGUGGAGAAAAAGGAAAAGUCACAUUACAAACAUUCAUCAUUGUCAUUUGAAGGAAACCAAACUGUAUCCAAAAUAACUGAUUACUUUUUCUUAUAAAAUUUUAGAUUAAAAUGACCAAUACUGUCUAACCAGUUGUAUGGUUGUUUGAGUUAUCCAUUAAUUUCCUUUCCCCCCUCUUCCUCAGUACUUCUGUGCUCUUUGUCUUUUCUUCUAGCCCCCCCUUUCAUCUUUUUUCUUUUUUUAAUUUUUUUUCUUUUUUUCAAUAUUUCCUGAGGUGGCAGCUAUUUCUUAAUGGUUGCUGCCUGAUGGUUAUUUGGGGAAAUGUUGAAAGUUAUUAAUUUCCUGGCUGACAAUUUGAUUGUGGAAAUUAAUACUGGAAUCACUGACAAAUAAGUCAAAGAAUUUUUUUGGUGUAAUUUUACGAUGUUGUUUCCAUGUGGGAAGUUUUCUGACAAUAUUGUAUUUGUUGUCACUGCUCGCUAUGAGAAAUUUAUAUUGAUAUUGAAUAAUAAAAAACCAACAAAACAAAAUUAAGUUCACAUUUUGUAUAUGAUUGGCAAAAAAAUAACAAUGUCAUGUGAAAUAAAUCUGACAAGAUGUCAA